GAGCGUGUAGUAUGUUUUAUUUGCUACACGCAGGUUAAUGAAGUGACGUGAUCCUGGAGGCAGACAGAGGUGAGAUGGUCGGAAUGGAUGUGAUGACACACAAAGACGAUAUUCGUCUGCACGACACAGAUGAUUAUCGUCUGCACGUCACAGACGAUUAUUGUUUGUCAGAAUCCCAGCAACGUCGUCACAACGUCCUCGGAACGCUCCCCGCGAGGAGCGGGGAAAAGGAAGGCAACGCAAACGAGCUCACCAUCUUCUACGAUGGCAAGAUCGUAGCCUGCGAUGCCACCGAGCUUCAGGCAAGGGCCAUAAUACUCCUAGCCAGUCAAGAGAGAUGGAGAGGGUCGCCUUCGGGGCCACCGGUGACGCAGCCACCGCCGGAAGAGUACGGGAGACCGACGGCGAGUUACGGGCUCUCGAUGAAGAGGUCCCUGCAGAGGUUUUUGCAGAAGAGGAAGAAGAGGGCGGAAUCAGCGGGACCAUAUCUUAAUUCGAUCAAUUGAUUCGUGGAUCGGAGUUCCGAUCCGACCCGAGUGUUUAAUUAUAUUACAUCAUAGUAUUACAUUAUUGAUCAGAUCAGAGUUCAUGUGUAAAUAUUAUAUUUAUUCAUUUCAUACCGGUAGUAUUUUUCUUGAUCACCUUAAUAUAACUCUUAACCACAAUCAAAGAAUUAAAUUCUUACCACCACU